AUGAAACCAUCGAUUGUUAUUGUUGGUCUUGAUCAAGUAUUUCUCGAUGAAACAAUUCAAGGUCUAUCUGGGGACAAUAAAAUCAAUGAUAAUAAUCUAAUAGAAUGGACUAUUGAUACCAAAUAUUAUACUGCCGAUGUUAAUAUAUGUCCAUUAAAUACGAAAAUGCUUGUCGAAGAAUCAGUUGCUAAUUCAGCUCAAGUUCUUAUUGUACUUCUAGAUCCAUCACAUAUAAAUAGUCGUACAAAACUUGAUAGUUGGUUACCAUUUUUAAGCGUUCUUAAUGAAUGUGAAACAAAAUUACUUGUUGCUCGAAAUGUUGAUGCACUAUUAAAUACAAUAUCAAGAACAGAUAUAAAACAAUGGUGUACAGAACAUGAUUAUGAAUUACUUGAACUUGAAAAAAAUAAAACAUCAGAAACAGAUGAUGAGGAUGAUGAUGAAGAUGGAGAGGAUGAUGAAAAUGCUCAUCGUAAUCUAUCGAGAUGUCUAUGGUAUACCACGUUUAAUUCAAACACUGCAUACUCAUCAAUGGCCAAAUAUGAAUCUUAA